CCAUUCCGAACCAACGCUGCCAUUUGUAUUUAAGCAAUCAACACCUGUUCAGUUCUUUUGCGAAAGUAACGGAGGUUCCCUAAAACAAAAGAAAAAGAAAAAAAAAAAAGAACGAAAGCCAAACCCAAAAAGACCCAAUUUGGUUAUGUCGCAGAGAACUAGACGACGCUGCGAGGGCACAGCCAUGGGUGCCAUCGUUCUCGACCUCCGACCCGGUCUCGGUAUCGGACCUUUCUCUCUCGGGAUGCCAAUAUGUGAAGCAUUUGCUCAGAUAGAGCAGCAGCCUAAUAUCUAUGACGUUGUUCACGUGAAGUACUUUGAUGAGGAGCCGCUGAAACUGGAUCUUGUUAUUAGCUUUCCAGAUCAUGGUUUUCAUCUUCGUUUUGAUCCUUGGUCUCAGAGGCUAAGGCUUAUUGAAAUUUUUGAUGUAAAACGGCUUCAAAUGCGCUAUGCUACUUCUCUGAUUGGGGGACCAUCCACUCUAGCUACUUUUGUAGCUGUAUAUGCACUUUUUGGGCCAACCUUUCCUGGAAUUUAUGACAAAGUUAGAGGUGUUUACAAUCUAUUUUACCCAGGCCUAUCCUUUGCCUUUCCAAUUCCUAGCCAGUAUACAGAUUGCUGCCAUGAUGGGGAAGCGGAAUUGCCAUUAGAGUUUCCGGAUGGCACCACACCUGUGACUUGCCGUGUCUCCAUAUAUGAUAGUUCUACAGACAAGAAAGUUGGUGUAGGAUCCUUAAUGGACAAGGCUUAUGCUCCUCCAUUACCUGCUGGCAGUCUUUACAUGGAAGAGGUGCAUGUUAAGCUUGGAGAAGAAUUAUAUUUCACUGUUGGUGGCCAACAUAUUCCUUUCGGUGCAUCCCCACAGGAUGUGUGGACUGAAUUAGGCCGUCCUUGUGGAAUUCAUCAAAAGCAGGUAGAUCAAAUGGUUAUUCACUCUGCAUCAGACCCUCGUCCACGGACAACACUUUGUGGUGAUUAUUUCUACAAUUAUUUUACCCGUGGUUUGGACAUCUUAUUUGAUGGGCAGACCCAUAAAAUCAAGAAGUUUGUUUUGCACACAAACUAUCCUGGUCAUGCAGACUUCAAUUCAUAUAUAAAAUGCAAUUUUGUUAUAUUUGGUUCGGACUUUGAGGGUUCUUUUGAGGAAGUAAAUAGCAGUGGACACAGGAUUACACCAAGCACCAAGUGGGAGCAAGUGAAGGAAAUCCUUGGUGACUGUGGGCGAGCUGCCAUCCAAACACAAGGUUCUACAAGCAAUCCUUUUGGAUCUACAUUUGUGUAUGGUUAUCAAAAUGUUGCAUUUGAGCAGGUGAUGAAGAAUGGCUAUAUUGCAACUGUAACUCUCUUCCAAUCAUGAGUAUAGUGUCUGGUUUGUUCAAAUUGGAUGCUGACACAUCACGAGGAGUAGGUGGGAUAUGUACAUUCAAUUGGUGCUGAAGCAGCAAAUGCUCUAUGUAACUUCACCAUGGCACGGGACACUUUGUACAGUUAUUUAUUAAUUUGUACAGAAACGUUUAUAUUGUGCUAAUAUUUAUUUGACUUGGUAAUUGUUCAAAGAAAAGAUGCAAAGACAAACUGCCACUUUUCAUUUUAUAGAAUGUACAUUUCAUAUCUCA